GUCUGCUCUUGACGAGUUUAAGCUUGGAGAAUAUUUCAUUAACGAUGAUACGAAGCUCUGCUCUUUUGUGUCAGCGUUGCUUACGUCUCUCAAAGCAAACAAAACGUCGCUUUGCGUCGAAGGUUCCAGAAAAUCCAACAUGGAUUAAAAUAGAUCCAAAGAAGUUGCCUGAGGUUCCUGAGAUCAGCAAGGAAUUGGUGGAGCAGUUGGAGAGACUGUCACUGGUGGAGUUCAGUAAUGAGGAGGGUAUCGCAUGUCUCUCCGCUGCUAUCCGAUCUGCCAACACUCUCUACAUGGUCAACACAGAAGGCGUGGAGCCUCUGGACACAGUGCUGGAAAACAGGGAAUUGUAUCUACGAAAUGAUGACAUCACCGAUGGCAACUGCCGAGAUGACAUCCUCUCAAAUGCUGUCAAAACAGAAGAAGAGUACUUUGUUGCGCCACCAGGAAAUAUUCCUCUGGAAUCCAAAGACGAAGAUUACAAGAAGUUUCUUUCUUGACACAAAGUUGAUGUCAUUCCUGUGUAAGCUUGUGUUGUGUGCUAAAGACUGAAUCUGUUCUAUAGAUGUGUGAAAUCGCGAGUCAGUCGUCCCCCAACCUUGAAGAAUAGCAAUAAAUAAAACUUGUCUA